AUGGUAGACAAAUCAGAAAAAGAGAAGGAGCUCGCAAUAGAUAGGGGUCGCCUAAUCAGGCUUUGCGUGCCCGAGGAGACGAGCAGCAGAAAACGCAAACAUAGGGGUCAAAGUUCUUGUGGUGAUCCCAAAGGUAAGCAGAAGGUCAGGGGCACUAUCCAUGUGAUUGUAGGCAUGGAUGAGGAUUGGGAAAGUUCUAAUGCAAAGAGGAAAGCUCACAUGAGGUGUUCGAUAAUGAGAACAGCGAAGAUGGUGGCACGAGAGCCUGCAACUAGGGGGCAAAGUUCGCAGAGGACAGAGUUAGCUAGUCAAGCCUUAGACUUGGAUAGCCUAGAUGCGAGGGAUGAGAGAGAAUGUUUGAAGGCGAACUCCGAUGAUUUUGCCUGGUCAGCAGUAGAUAUGCCAGGGAUAAACCCACAGGAGGUAGAUAAAUUAUUCUCGACAAGUUUUAUCAGGGAAGUUGUAUAUCCAGAUUGGGUCUCGAAUGUGGUCAUGGUGAAAAAAGUAAACGAAAAAUGGAGGAUAUGUAUUGAUUUCACCAACCUCAACAAUGCGUGCCCCAAAGAAAACUUCCCUUUACCUUCGAUUGAUUGUUUGGUUGAUGCUUCUGCAGGUCACAAGUUCAUGAGCUUCAUAGAUGCAUUUUCAAGUUAUAACCAGAUUUUAUUGGAUCAAGGUGACCAGGAGAGAACAACUUUCAUCACCAAGGAAGGGUUGUUCUGUUAUUAG